AUGUAUCCGGACGCAAUUGACAAUGUUCCCGCCGUGCCCACCCAACUCACCAAAGCUAAAAUCAUCUCAAAGCUUCACCUCCACGAAAAGAUCCUCCUCGAUCAGAAGAGAAGUCGUCGAGGCAAAAUGGAAUGGGCACCGUUACCCCAAUCCAUGCAUGCUGCCAACACUAUCAAUCCCAUUAGAAGAAUUGCUGACGCAGUGUCGGUAGCGCCGAAUCCUGAUAAGGCACCGAUAAAGAUGCAUCUAGGAGAUCCUAGCCUAACUGGACGACUUCCACCUUGUCCCGUGGCCGUUGAAGCUAUUCAAGAAUCCUUGAUCUCACAAAAACACAAUGGGUAUGGUCCUGCUGUAGGAGAGCUGGCUGCACGUGAAGCCGUAGCCCGACGGUACAGUACCAGUGCGGCCCCUAUAACAGCUGAUGACGUGAUCCUUGCCAGCGGAUGCUCUCAUGCCAUACAAAUGGCCAUUGAGGGUAUAGCAAACCCUGGGGACAACAUUCUGAUACCCCAUCCCGGUUUUCCGCUGUAUUCCACGCUCUGCAAACCGCACGGAAUUGAGGACCGUGCAUAUAAGCUAGACAUGAAAAAUGGAGGGCUGAUUGAUUUGGAGCAUCUUGAAUCGAUGAUUGAUGAACGAACACGCGCUUUGGUUGUCAACAACCCUGGCAAUCCAACCGGUGUCGUGUUCCCCAAAGAGCACUUGGAGGACAUCUUGGCGUUGGCGUAUCGCUACCACCUCGUGAUCAUUGCCGACGAAAUCUACGGAGAUCUCACCUAUGACGGUGCAGUGUUUCACCCACUUGCGACGCUCACCCCUAAGGUGCCUAUCAUAACAUGUGACGGGAUCGCAAAACGUUGGAUGGUACCCGGCUGGCGCCUUGGAUGGCUCAUCGUUCACGACCGACAUCGGGUACUGAACGAGGUCCGAAAAGGACUGGUCGCGCUGUCGCAAAAGAUCGUCGGACCAUGUGCUCUUGUCCAAGGAGCUCUACCAAAGAUCUUAGCCGAAACUCCCGAAAAGUACUUCGAGCACAAUCGUCAAGUGAUCUCAAAAAACGCCAACAUCGUUAGUAAACUGCUGAAAGGCUUGGAUGGAGUUCACUUGCCUGCAACCUCAUGGAGCCAUGUACAUGAUGAUCAGCAUCGACAGGUCAAUGUACGGAGACGAUCUGAAAUUCGCGUCCGAGUUGAUACAGGAGGAAUCCGUGUACUGUCUGCCUGGAUCAGCCUUCUCAUCGCCAGGCUGGAUUCGGCUGGUCAUAACUCAUUCGGAAGAGGUGACCGAGGAAGCUAUGCGCCGAAUUCGAGAGUUCUGUGA